ACACCUUCAGUUCAGCGUUAAGGGCCUUUGGAGAAUGAAUAGGGAAAAGGGAGCCCCCAAGUGUCGAAAUGUCCUUUUUUUUUUCUGCUUUUUUUUUUUCCCUCCUUCCGAGGGGAGGGGAAAUCAACGCCAGAAAUGGCUCUAGGGAGAGAGUGAGAGAGUCCCGUGUGAGGACCAGACGGUGAUCGCGGGACCUGUCGGGGGAAGCGUUUGACUUCCAAGACGGUUGUUGCAGGGUCCAGAAAUCCAGUGCAGUAUUAAUCCACGGAGGUGCUGUGGGGACAGUUGGCAGUACAAUGGCUUCUCAGUACCUCGUAGUGGCUCUGGCCGUUUUCUCCUCUUUUACCCAGGUUGUAAUAGAAGCCAGCUCUUGGUGGUCUUUAGGGAUGAACCCCAUGAACCCCAUGAACCCUGUUCAGAUGUCAGAGGUGUACAUUAUAGGAGCCCAGCCACUAUGUAGCCAGCUAGCAGGGCUUUCCCAAGGACAGAAGAAACUCUGCCAGUUGUAUCAGGACCAUAUGCAGUUCAUUGGAGAGGGUGCAAAGACGGGCAUUAAGGAGUGCCAGUAUCAAUUCAGACAUAGAAGAUGGAAUUGCAGCACUGUGGACAACAACUCUGUUUUUGGCAGAGUCAUGCAGAUAGGCAGCCGGGAGACGGCGUUCACCUACGCGGUGAGCGCGGCCGGCGUGGUCAACGCCAUGAGCCGCGCGUGCCGGGAGGGCGAGCUGUCCUCGUGUGGCUGCAGCCGCGCCGCGCGGCCCAAGGACCUGCCCCGGGACUGGCUGUGGGGCGGCUGCGGGGACAACAUCGAGUACGGAUACCGCUUCGCCAAGGAGUUCGUGGACGCGCGCGAGCGCGAGCGAGUUUACCAGCGAGGCUCCUACGAGAGCGCCCGCAUCAUGAUGAACCUGCACAACAACGAGGCCGGCAGAAGAACGGUGUACAACCUGGCUGACGUGGCCUGUAAGUGCCACGGUGUCUCCGGCUCCUGCAGCCUGAAGACCUGCUGGCUGCAGCUCGCCGACUUCCGCAAGGUGGGCGACGCCCUGAAGGAGAAAUACGACAGCGCCGCCGCCAUGAAGCUCAACAGCCGGGGGAAGCUGGUGCAGGUGAACAGCCGCUUCAACGCCCCCACCAUCCACGACCUGGUGUACAUCGACCCCAGCCCCGACUACUGCGUGCGCAACGAGAGCACCGGCUCCCUGGGCACCCAGGGCCGCCUGUGCAAUAAGACCUCGGAGGGCAUGGACGGCUGUGAACUCAUGUGCUGCGGCCGGGGCUACGACCAGUUCAAGACGGUGCAGCGAGAGCGCUGCCACUGCAAGUUCCACUGGUGCUGCUACGUGAAAUGCAAGUUGUGCACAGAGAUCGUGGACCAGUUUGUGUGCAAAUAGGGCACGGACGAGGUGGGAGGAACUGCAGCCGCCUGCCAGCAAGGGGUGCAGGCGGCCCCUCUCCCUUUCUGCAGGACUAUCUCCACUUUAUUUAUAGAGUCCAAGGAGUUUUCGUCUUCUUUUAAGAAAAUAAAAAAAAAAAAAAAAAAAGAAAAUUAAAAAAAGGGCGGGGAAGGGAAAAAAAAAAAGAAAGAAAAAAGAAAAAUAUAAAGGUUGCAAAGAGAAGUGCCUGGAAACCCUCUCUGCGUCCAUCCCAGAACUGUGUGAGGCUUAUAUUUUUGGCAAUAAUGGGGGAGAAUCUGAGAAUAUUUAUUUUACAAAGUUAAAAAAAAAAAUAGUUGACUUUUCUUACAAACAAUAGACUAGUUUGAGGGGAAAAGCCGACAUAUCCUAAUUUAGAUCUAUGGAACGUAAUACAUGUGCAGUAGACAGAGCAACCACGUAAUGUGCUUGGGAUGUUAGAACCAUCCUUAUGGAUGUGAGGAACACACAGAGCUGUCCAUGACUUUUAGGUUCAGACACUAGAAGUUCCUAGAGUAGGGUGUAUAAAGCUGUUCAGUGCAUGUAGGGCUCUGUAAGUAAGGGGUAUGUUCAUCACAAGGUGCCGUGUCGGUUGCCCACCAAGGGUCACCGGAGGGCAAAGAGCAAAGGAUCAGAAAGGCUUCAACUGCGCUAUCCCUGACUCACCGGGGCUGGCAAGAACCGAGCAAGACAGGAAAAAACCCAGAAAAAACAAAUCUGCCUUGGUGAAUAAUAAAGAUAUUCUUCAAGGCAAAGCUUGGCCUCAUCAGCUAAUUGUGACGUUCGAGUGUCUCGUGUGGCGGAGCAGCGCUUCCCUGGCGGGCGUGGAGCAGCCCGGGGCAGGCUGCCCGCAGCACCAGAGCUGGGCAAUGCUCACAGACAGCUUUGCUUUCCCAGCCUCCAAAGCCCAUGGAAAGGAGAGUUCCCCAAAUUUGAAAAUGCCUUAAAAUGGUGUAAUAGCUGGCUGUCUUUCAAAACACAGCUUGACAAAUAACUCCUCUAAUUUUAUGUGAGAAAAUAAAUCAUUAGAUAUCCGCUCUUGGAAUGACUGAUUUUAAUUUUUUUCGCAGAUUUUGGGAAUGCUUUCACUCAAGGAGACAGUAGUUUCAUAUUUUAAUAACAUUAACUGACUAUUAUAGUUCAAUGAAACGUUGCAGCAAUACCAAAUUUAUCCUAUGUCUUUAAUACACAUGCUUUAGAUAAUAUACUGCAGAUAUACACUACAACUGUUCAGACUGUACUCGAGCAGUUACAUAUAUAUGGGAGAACUGUGGUCUCUGGUCUCUGAUACUUCAAAGCUUUGUGUACAUAUAUAUUUUAAUGAUUUAGAAAAAAAUAAACCAUCUAAAUUAAAGGGGCAGUUCAUCCCUUAUUUUCUUUUUCAGAUCUCUUCAGGUGUUUAGAUUGAUUCUAAGCUUUUGGUGGGUUUUUAUUUUUAAUUAUUAUUUUUUAAGAACUUUUAACGUUCAGAAGUUUUAAGGAUAAUCACAAAGAAGUAAGCCUCUUCCCAGUUUCAGGACUUCCUUGGGUGGUUGGUAGAGGCAGCACCCUGCACUUGAAUUGAUACCAGUCUGGAGAUCGCUUCUAUUCCACUCUCACAUUAAGGGCAUUAUUGAUUAUUGCUGAAAGGAGACACCUUGCAACUCCAAAAUGUGCUGCAUUCGGCCCUUGCUUUUCAGAUUUUGAACAGGGAAUUGUUAUUUGUCAAACAAUAUGUGUUUCCCCCAUGCUGUGUAGUUACACAGGAUUUCAUCUUGGGUUCAGAUGCCACUUUCCAACUCAGUCCCAUCCUAUAAGUUAAAGAAAAUGGUUUUGCAGAUAACAAGUGAGGAAAACCUUUCACUUUAGCCUAGUUGUACUAAAGCCUUGACUUUUCACAAGCCUUUAAGCUGUAUCAUUAAAUUCAUCUUGAUCAUUUAUCAGCUUCUUAAUGGCGCUUUAUUGCUCUUAAUUUAUUGUACAAGGACAUAUUUACCCCUCAUCUUCAGAUGUUUGCAAAGAAUAUCUUUAAAGUAAGAGAAAUAAAUAAAGCACUAAUUCAUUGAAUAUGUCACUUUGGUUUUUAUUGUACAAAAACCAUGAUCUUUUUUUUUUUUCAUUUGCCGAAUCACCUCAUGUUCCUUUUUAGUGACUUCUGUCUCAGCAGAAUUGAAUCUCAUGAUCCUAGCUAUUAAAACCCUAUUUAAUGUAAAAUAUUUUACCUGUCAUUCAGAUAUGUAAAUCUUCUAUGUCCUUUCCUCUGUUCUGUACAUUUAAUGUACAUAUUUCUGUCUUGUGUGAUUUGUAUAUUUCACUGGUUAAAAAAAAAAGAAAGGAUUAUGCCAUAAUUGAAGAUAGACUAUAAAAAUAAAACUUUGGUUGUAUAUUGGGAA